AUGGCGGAUAUAGCGUUUGACCAUAUAACUCAAGAGGUUAGGGGUACUGUAUAUCCAGGGAAGCUCAGACUCAAAGAGGAUGAGUUUAUGUAUAAGAACGAAAAGACUGGAAAAGUGGAUCACUUCUCUCGAUCCGAUAUAGAAUCAGCCCAAUGGAUAGUCCGUGCCACCGGCCUAGGGCUUACCAUUAAAUUAAAAAACAACUCUUUACAUCGGUAUGAUGGCUUUGGUGAAAUCGAAGCCGAAAAAGUCGGGAGCUUUUUUAAGAAGUAUUUCGAUGUCGAAAUCGUAAAACGUGAAUUGUGCUACAAAGGUUAUAAUUGGGGAGAUGUGGAUUUUGAUGGCGAUGUUCUUCAGUUUUCAGUUAAAAAUGCUAUGGCUUUUGAAGUUCCUUUAAGCAAUGUUGCAAACGCUGUCUUGAACAAAAAUGAGAUCAUUUUCGAAUUUCAUUUGAAUGACGAGGCUGAAAUUUGCUUAUCUGAAAUGCGUCUAUACACUCCGGGAACUGAGGCUGAUAGGGAGGGUAAAGCACCUAUCAUAUAUUCUAAAGUUACUCAGAAGGCGGAUAUUAUCCAGGUCACGGGUGAUUUCUUGAUCGAAUUCAAACAAUUGCAAUGCCUUCAACCUCGUGGUCGUUAUGAUGUUAAGUUGUAUCCAAGUUUUAUUCACUUGCAUGGCAAGUCUUUCGAUUUCAAAGUUCCGAAGAAUACUAUUACUCGACUGAUGGUGCUUCCUCAUCCUGAUAAUCGGCAAAUAUUCUUUACUGUUCAACUUGAUCCACCGAUCAAACAUGGUCAAACCAGAUAUCACUUCGUGAUUUUCCUUUUCGACAAGGAUUCGCAUGUAAGUUUGGAGAUGGCCGCGACAGAAGAGUGGCUUCAAGAACAGUUCAGUGGGAAACUGACGCGUAAUCUUUCUGGACCUGAAUACGAAGUCGUGGCUCGCGUGUUUAAGACUCUAUUCGACCAGAAAAUUACAGUCCCAGGCAGCUUCUCUGCAAAAGGCGGCGGUUGUGCAGUUGCAUGCAGUUAUAAAGCGUCUGUUGGUUUGCUGUUUCCAUUAGAAAGAGGAUUUACAUUCGUUCCUCGUCCUCCAAUUUCUAUACGUUUCGACGAAAUAAUAGCUGUACAAUUCUCCCGUGGGACGGGUGCCCAAAGAUCUUUUGAUUUCGAGGUGGAAACUCGUAAUGGUUUAACGCAUACAUUUACUUCUAUCGAGAGAGAUGAAUAUCAUCAUUUGUACGAUUUUGUAAGUGCUAAAAAACUACUUGUUAAAAAUAUUAAUUCAGAAAAUAAAACUGCUGCUAAUCCUGGUGACGAUGUCUGGUCAUCAUCCGAUGAAUCACAUGAUGCUUAUAUGGAGAAAGUGAAAACAGAAGCUCGAGAACGAACAGCUGAAAUAGAUGAUGACGAUGACGACGAUGAAGAUGACGAGGAUUUCAAACCACCCGAAUCUGAUGGUUCUGAACUUGCAGAAGAAUAUGAUAGUAACGUACAAACAACUACUAGUGAAGAUGAGUCUGGAGACAAUGAUGAUUCAGACGAGAACAAAAGUAAUACCAGUAGUAAAAAUACAUAUAAAAAGAAAGAUAGACGAGACAGUGAUAGUGAUCGAGAAGAAGAAAAUAGUUUAUCAAGUGUAAGUAGUAAUAGUGAACCUAAAGUAAAACAAAAAAAGUUUAAAGAAGAACCAAAGAGAUCAACAACCAAAUCACCUAAAGCUGAAACAAAACCAUCGAAACGACAAACCACAAAAAAACAAAAGAAACCUAAAGAUCCCAAUGCACCUACCCGUUCACUAUCAGCUUAUUUAUUAUGGUUUAAUGAAAAUCGAGAAAAAAUUGCUAAAAAUUUAGGUGGACAAAAUUCUGUUGCAGAGGUAGCCAAAGCAGCUGGAGAGAUUUGGCGUAAUAUGGAUAGUUCAACUAAAUCAAAUUAUCAAUUAAGAGUUGAUGAAUUAAAAAAGAAAUAUCAAGAAGAUUUACGUAUAUAUCAAUCAAAUUUAUCAUCAAAUCAAGAACAAGAAUUAUCACCAGAUUCUAGUAGUUGA